AUCAUGGACCUGUCACGUCAUAUCCAGGACCUCGCGGACGAGUUGCUGAGCGAGAUUCUAUCUCUUGUGCUGGAGCCGAGCUCGAGUACCCCGAACGGUCACUCCCACGGAAAUGGGCACGGCCACGGCCACGGCCACAAUGACAUUGAUAAGCAUUCCAUUAAGCGUGGAGAGGCAUCCGAUCUCGAUCGCUGGAGACUAGUCUGCAAAAGAUUUAUGCGCAUCGGAACCCCGAGGAAGUUCUCACGCUUCGUGAUUCGUUUCUCGCGGGAUGGUUUUCGUCGACUGGACGAACUGCUCAAAAUGCAGCUAGCCUGCUACGUGAGAACGGUGGCAUAUCUUGUGCGACCCUUCUAUACCGGUAGCGGAUGGACACCUAUUCUUCAAACACUCCACACCUCAAACGCAGCACUGGCCGAAAUCCACGCCCGCCGGCUACGUGAACAGACAAACCUGCUAGAAUCAGGCCAUGACCUGACCCAACUCCGCCGCGCAAUCGCCGCCUUCUCGGCCCUCCAAGAAAUAAAACUCCUCCGUCUCCAAGACUCCGCAGAUGAACAAAUCAUCGACUUCAUCCACACUUCAAACACAACCACCAGAGCAACACACUUCAAUUGGGAACUCGCCUGUUCGCGCGCAGUAACAAGCCUUGGCAUCGCCCUCCUCGACUCCCAAUGCACAGCCAUCCGCUUCAUAGGCCCUCAAAUCAGCCCGGAAGCAACCCUCCAGCUCCUCAACGCCCCGUCAACCACAUUAGCCGCCAUGGGCAGCCGUCUCACAAGUCUAGACAUAACCUUCCACUCCAGCACGGACAUCUCAUCCACCAUGUCCGAUCUAUCUGAUGUAUUCGGUCGCUUCUUCGCAGAAGCCAAGAACCUCGUUUCCAUCCAUAUCGGCUUCCCGCCGAAAUCACCCCUCGAUUUAGAUCUUGAAGCUAUCUUCCAUGAGACUCGGUGGAAGACGCUUCGGACACUUAGUCUGCAAGGUUGGAGAUUGGCCGAUCAUGAGAUUAUUUCUCUAGCGCGAAGACAUAGACGGAUGUUGAGGGAAAUAAGGUUUUGUGCGGUUUACCUUAGACCUGGCGGGCGGUGGGGGGAUAUACUAGCUGUACUGAGAGAGGACAUGGAGAGCUUGGAGAGAGCUGAAUUGAGAGAGAUUGAUUAUGCGGAGAACUUUGAUCUGCUGGCAUCGGGUAGUGGAGUGGAGGUAUUUGAUGUACCGGUUGAUGCGCAGCUGGGUACGAUUCUGUCGUCUUCGCUUUCUGUGGCGGCAGGUACGCCACCGCUGGAGAUGAGGCAUGCGCUUGGGGCUGAGCCUCCGGGUGCCUUUAGAGGCAGGGUAUCUGUGCCAUUGCGGCCUGAGAAUUUGGAGAAAUUACGCGCGUUGACGGUUCAAGAUCUGGACGAUGAUGGUGUCCGGGUUCAGAGGGAACAGGUAGGUCUUUGGGAGGCGUGGGUUCAUUCAGGGCUCAGCAGAGUCUCGAAUGGCCAGUCAUAUUUGCAUUCGCGAGAGAAUUGA